AUGUCCGAAGCUAACGUGUAUAUUCUAGGAAGACAUCUUACCAAGUCCUCCAUACUGCCCAAAAACACAAAUCAAGCAUCGGGACAAGAGAGCUUUUCAUUGACUUCCUACUCUCCUUCAUCACCAUGUUCGAUAAACACUAACUCAUUGUAUCCCAAUUUUACAAAAAUCAAUAUUCCGAGUGAUUGUGUAAAUUAUCGCAAAGAAGAUGUAGACGUAUUGACUUCAGCAAUGACUUCUCAUGUCGAUCAAGUCUCGAUUGGCUCCGAUUUCAUCAUGAUCCUUUUAUCAGAUGGUUCUCUUUAUUCAAUGGGAAUUAACAGACCUUGCCAUCACUUGGGAUUCACCGAUUCUUCACUGAACACUUUUGAGACGGCCAAAGUUUUAUAUUUAAACUCUCUCAAAGGUACACCAGUGAAAUUGAUCGCAAGCGGAGCAUAUUACACAAUUUUGGCCACCAGGGAUGAUGACCUCUAUGGAAUUGGUAGCAAUGAUUAUGGCCAAUUUCAUGUCAAUGGAUCAAGCUCACACAAACACAAUGCAACACCAUAUUUCAUUAAUUAUGGAAAGAAGCAGGGCGACAAAAUAACUCACAUUGCAUGUUGUUUUUCUUUUUCAAUCAUUGUCACAAAUGGUACCGAGUUAAGGUUGGCAGGUCAAGAUUGGGUUACAGAUGGAGGAAGUCACAACUCGUACCUCGUUCAUUCGAGACAUGUGGCAAGUAAUAUUUUUCACACAUUUAAAUCACCUGUUCAAGAGGUUAGAGCUGGUGCAUUUCACUUUGUUGCAGUACUUAAGGAUGGAACUGUCUACGGCUCAGGAUCUAACUCGAGAGAACAGCUCGGCCAAUCUUUCACAAGAAAUGGUAUUCAACAAAUAGCAUUGAAUCAUCCAUUAAUGACAAGCGCUUGCUGUGGGUCUGAUUGUUGUUUACUCAUUUCUAAUAACGGAGAGAUUCAAAAAUUGGGAGAAUCAAGAUAUGGAUUUCUAGAGGAAUCUCUUUUCAAAAAUUUAGAAAAUUACAAGGACGCAACCAAUAUUCAAAUGUGUGAGCAGUUGCUGGGUAUGAUCGGAAAACGAGGAAUUCAUUUAAGAGGUAAUAAUAACACAUUCUGGAUUGGGAAUGUAGACGAAGAGUUUUGUCAAGUGGAUUUGCCCUUUGAGGCCCUUUUUAACACAUCAGUGUCACACGAGUAUGUUGGAGCUUGUGCCAGAUACUAUCACAUUGCAUUCUUCUUAAGAUAUAGCAAGAGUGUUACAAAACAUUUUAUGUUCAUGAAAAGAAGGAUCAAUAACUUUGGCCUUAGCGAUAUUACUGUAAUCACUUCCUCGUAUGGGUUCUAUUGA